AUGUCCACUCCAGUUAUUAUGAAUGAUUCUUUUGUUGGUGAAUUUUUAGAACCAACAAAAGAAGUAGAUGUUAGAAUGAAGCCAGAAUUAGAAUCGUUGAAUUUUCAUUCAGAUGUAUUGAAUUCAGUAUUUCUGAAUGAUGAAAACAACCUUAAUAAUACUCCUAUGUUUGACGAAUUAGAUUUUGUCUUAGAUGGUCACGGUAAAGAAGAUUGGGUCUCAUUAUUUGAUGCUGAUAAUGAGAUUGAUUCCAAUCAAGUUAUCACUGAUGCUGAUCUUUUGAAUGAUAUUGAAAAAUCAAUUCAACCUUCAUUAACUAAUUCUUCUGUCGAUGACAAAGAAAUUAGUGAUUGUUCAAGUUUUGAUAAUUCAAAUUCUAAAAAAAGAUCAUUUGAUCAGUUAUUAACUCCAAAAUCUUCUUCUACUUUAUCAACACCUAACUUAGACGAAGAAAAAAUUGAUCAUUUAGGUUUGAUUAAAUACAAUAAAAAACAAAGAUCUGCUCCAUUAGAACCAAUUAAAGUUAAAUCUAAUGAUCCAGUUUUGAUGAAGAGAGCUAAGAAUACCGAAGCUGCUCGUAGAUCAAGAGCUAGAAAAAUGGAAAGAAUGAAACAAUUGGAAGAUAAAGUUGAAGAUUUAAUCAAUGCUAAUGAUAGUUUAUCUAGUGAAUUAUCAAGAUUGAAAAAUUUGUUAGAUUCUCACAACAUUGGUUAUUAG